UACAUAAUACAGAAUUUUGGGAAAUAUUUCUGGAAAAUGUUUUGCAUUUUAUUGUUUGGAAAAUUUAAUUAUUUUUGGAGUGAAUAAGUAGCUCUCAGGGUUCACUGAAAGUUUCCACAAAAUCCUUGUUUGUUAAUUUUGGGAUACAUACCUAAAUAAAAUAAAUCUACUAAGUUUGGGAUUAGUAUUGUUGUUCGGAAAACUUAUGAAAUAAAAUAAUAUUUGAAUUUGGCGCGCACUCAAAGUGGUGAAUUUGAGUGGUGAAAAUAGAGAAUGUGGGGAAAAAGGAAUGAUUUGGCGGCGAAAAUGACAGAUCGGUUUUAGAAGGCAAAAAAAAGCUUUAAAAAUAUUUUUCAACAAUAUAUUAAAUUAAAACAUUACUUAAAGUUUUCUAAAAAUAUAAGAUAAAGUCUUGAAACUUUCUGAUAAGGUUAAAAAAAAUCAGAGAAAGGGAAAAAAUUAUUUGUCUUAUAAAAUCUCCUCUAAUUUCACUUUUCGCUAAACGAUUUUGAUAAAUUAAAAAGAAAAGAUAUAAAAAAACUUUUUGUUUUGUUUUGCCGGAAAAUUUUCUAGCGUUUCGAUCUAGAUAGAACCUUCUUCAAAACCUCUCUAAAUUUGUCCAAAGGCCAUAGUUUUAGAAGAAAAUCCCUUUUUUUUCAAUCGAAACAUCAGCAAAUUGUGAUUAUAAAAGGACAGGAAGAAAGACAAAAUUGUGUCUUUUUUUUGUUAAUUUUAUUUUUUGAAUAAAAUCUUUAUCCAAAAAAAUAUAUCAAACAUACAAGAAUAAAAAAAUUCUUUAUUUAAAAAUUUUUUAAAGCGAAUAAUUUUUAUUUUAAAAAACUGUUUGAUUUUAAAUUAAAAAAAUCAAAAUUGAAAGCUCCCUAAAAGGAAUUUUAAAGCUUUACGAUUUUUUUCUUAUAACAAAAUUGAGCAAAAAAAAGUUGUUGAAACUUUCAGUGCAACUAAAAUUCAAAAGAAAAUCAAAAAUUUCCCACAAAACUGUGAAAAAAGUGAUUGUUUAUUUUGUUUUUAAUGUUGGUUUUCUUUUCUGGAAAUAAACUUUUUUUUUAUUAUUUGUUUCACAUUUCAUUUUUGUGAUUAUUCAUUCAUCAUCAAGCUUAAAUAUCGUAAAAGAAAUUUUAUUAUACAAUUUAACAUAAUUAAACAGAAUAAUUAAAAGAAGAAUCACUUUUACACCUCUUUUCUGAAUCCUCCACUGAUACUCCUCUUUUAUAAUUUAUUUUUUUUUAUAAAUAUUCCUCAAAUUAUUUUUUCUUAAAAAUAUAUUUUUUUAAAUGUUUAUUUCUUGUAAAAAUAACAAAUUGAAUUGAAUUGUAUUGAGAAUAGCGUUUUCGUUCAUUGACGGAAAUUGAAAAGUGCCACAAACAGUCGAAUAUACGUAUUCCGCUGUUUGACAAAGAGACUGCGGAUUUUUGCUUUGAGAAAUCCCGAGAAAUCCUCACGAAGCCCUUUAAUCUGCCAACAACACCCCUUGGGGGGAAGCCAGAUGUUGGAGAUGCGGCUGUUGAGAAGAAGACACGUGAUUUAAUUGGGGAGAAUCUCAUUGAUAUUGAGAAUACGCUGAAAGCGCUCAAUUUGGACUUUAUGCAAACGUACAAUGAGCUUGAGAAGGCAGAUUCGGCGGAAACUCUCUUUGGGGAUGCAAAUUAUGCAGCUGAGAGGAAUCCGAAGAUACGGAAUUCAGCUAUGAAGCUGUCAAAGUUGUAUGGGUUGGGGAAUUAUGAAAGGAUGGGGGUGGAGAAGGUGCGGGGACGUUCACAGACGCCUGAGGCGUUGCCGUAUAGCCCGAAAGGGGAGCAGCAGUAUAGUGGGUCAAGGAGAAGUAGUGCGAGUCCACAGGAGAAAUCCUUUAGUCCGCGUGAUAUUAAGUUUGCAAUGCAUGGGUAUGUUAAUUUGAAUCAUGACAAUUCCACCGGAUACGCACCCGGAAGUGGGAAGAGCGCAAUGUCAGCCUCACCGCCGGUUCGUACAACAAACUAUUCAAGCAAUAACUCCAUCCACACCCUUAUGCAAAUGUAUACGGCAAAUCAGGCACAUCAGGUGAUGCAGCAGCAGAGGAUGCUGCAUCAUAGCAUGGAUGAUGGGGGUAGUAGCUUCCCGCACAGGAAGCGUUCAAUGUCAUUUACGGAGAAUUACGAUUUAAAGUCACCGGUUUCACUGUGUGGGGGUGGUGGUGGGAUGAUGCAGCAAUCCCUUGGUCCGGGUGGGGCUGCGAGGAAUUUUGCACGUGACCAAAAAGCCGCAGUACGUCCGAAUGUUAUGAAAUCCAAAAGCGCCAAAGCACGAACAUUGCGACGACUAAGCUACAAUCCCAUUGUGUUGGAUAGUAGCUCAACGUCGAGCAGUGAGAGUGAAUUUGAUCGGUCAAUUGCUCAUUCCGAAUGUGAUAUUCGCACCAAGAUGCUCACAUCGCGACGACGGAAGCAGUAUUUAAAUCGCAAAGCUGCCGGAGAUUCGGCAAAUCCCGAUAAGCUGUAUGGCUCAAAUACGAGUAUUAAGAGUGCUCCGCAGUAUAACUACACAAAUGGUCGGGAUGGGAAUCAAUCGCAUCGCACGCAAGCGGGACGAUUUGAUGCAAAUGAGAGAUUCUUAGACUAUGGGGAGGAUUUCACCAUUGAGCAGGAGAUCUAUGACUACAGCAAUGGGGGGUAUCAGAAGUUCAUUCAACCACCGCGGAAGUACAUUGGGGGGUCUGAAAGUACAGCCGGGAGCUUUCUCUAUCCACCUGAAUUUGAUGUGUCCAAACUCACGGGGAAGAGUCCCACGACCCAGGGGUUCUUUGCACAAAACAAUGGGGCUACAGGGGGUGCAACGGCAUCACGACAACCCUUUCAUUGGCCUGAGAAAAUUCACGCAUCAACCGUAAAGCGGAAUGAUCUCCUCUGGCGACAGCGACAGGAGAGAAAUCAAAAUUUACGACACAGCGAAAUGGCAUCCUUUGGUGCCCUAGGGCAGAGUUUCUCAAGCGACAGCUCAACAUCCACUGAAACGGAUUCAGUGGAUUUUCAGCACGCUACAGGAGAGUUUCCGCCGCGAAUGCCACCAAGUCCAGCACCAUAGGUUGGGCUAAUUUAACAAAGAAAUAUCAUUUUGUGUCUCUAGCUGGGUUUCGUUGUACAUGUGAUUUUGUGGCGUGUUGCUACUUCGAGCACUUUUCUUCUAGCAUUAAGCUUCUCUUACAUUUAAAAAAAAAAAAGAAAAAUAUGAGAUACGUAAUGGAAAUUAUCAAGGAAAAAUUAUCUUCAAUAACUUUAUUGAAUUGUAAUAAAAAAAACGAAUCGCCUUUAUUCAGCCACAAAAGAUAAGAAAAAGUCUUUUGAAAAAAUAUUGUUGGGUGUAGUGAAACAUAUAUACUCAAUUCAAAGUUACUUUGCACUUAAGCUCUGCCUGAAUGAAACGUGUGAAACUUAAUUGAGAGUUGUUCGCAUAAACCAAUCAAAUUGCAGUAAAAUCACUCGUUAAAAUCUCAAUGAAUAAGAAGAAGAAUUAGGAGUUUACCUGAUUGGUUAAUUUUUAAUUGACACACUUUCUCUAGCUGGAGGAGCAUCAGUGCAAAGUUAAUUUGAAGAGAAUUAUAAUUAAAUCAUUAUGAUCUAUCAUCUCAAUUUGAAGAGUUAACAUGUUUGGAAUAGGAAAAGCAUUAAAAUCUAAAAAUUUCAAAAUUGCAUUUUAGGAUAGAAUCGGAUGAAAAAAAGAAAGAUUUUAAUAAUUAAGGCUAUGGGAAAGCGGAUGUGUGGUGUUGGUUUGUAAAGUUUCUGCUUUCAAAAAAAAAAUUAUUCUGUUAAUUUUUUUACAAUUUUCUGAGCAAAAGAAAAUGUAAUUUGAUUUUUUUUUCAAUUAUUGUGAUCGCACAAUUUGAGCUUUUUUGCCUUUUACAUUUUUCUCUUUAUUUUUUUUUUUUUUUGCAUUAAAGCACUUAAAGAAUCAACUUCAAGGAUAUACUUAAACUCACCUACCUCUUAUAAAAAAAAGAAAAUGUAACUACAUAAAAGGAUUUAUCGGAUAAAAACGAAAACACUAAAAGCUUUUAAUCUUCCCCCACUUUAAGCGAUAACUGAAACACUUUUUCAACUCUCAAAACACCAGAGGAUUCUGAAAUGAGAGUGAGAAAAAAAAGAGGAGAAAAUAAUUUGAUUCUUAUGCAAUACUACAGGCUUUUCUCUCCUAAUCAACUAUACAUACAAUCUAUAUUGUUAUCUUAAUCACAAAUUAAUCCUGUCUAAUAGUGAGCACAAAAUACGCAUUUAAUCCAAAUCACAAAAUCUUCUUAGAAGAUUUUCUUUUUCUAUUUGUAGAAUGAAUGAAGAAAACUAAUUGACUAACAAAACAAACUAUUUCUGCUUGUAUCAAGUAUAUUGAUGAAUGAAUGCACAGAAGAUUGGUUUGGGGGUGUCGGAGCGGCGGCUAAAGGGUGUGUGUAUAACACAACCAAUCUCCAUGAUAUUUGAUACACACGUGAAUGCUUGUUAGGUUGCUCCAUCAAAAUAAAUUUCUCUCUUUAUUGCCUAAACCCUUUUUCCACAGUCAGUGGGGAAAUAAAUUCUUGGGAAUUGCAUAAAAUAUGGGUAAAAUAUAUUGAUCUCUAAUAUAAUAAAAUGUUUGGUCACACCCGUGAAUAGCACAGAGGUGUUCAAUAAAAUAGCAGUUUUACAGAGAUGGGAAGAAAAUCUUUUUUUUUUACUAUAAAAUUGAUAAAAAGCGCUCUCAUCUUCCUUAUUUUCCAGCACGCAGAAUUCUAAACAAAAAUUUGUUGGUUUUUACGAAUUUUCCUGGGUAAGAUUUUCUUCUGAAAAUACAUUAAAACAAGAAGAAAAUCAAAAUUUAAAUGGAUUACUAAGAAUGAAGAAUUUUUACUAAAUAAGUGAUUUUUAGGAUGAAUUUUUCAUGCUCUUUUUAACAUAAAUAAAUUAAAAUAAAUUUUCAUUUAACCGUUCGAUUUUAUAUCCUCGGGAUCACUUCUUUCAAUUGGUCAAAAUGUCCAACAACGUCCUCCACAUAAAUAUAAACAUUCAACCCUCUGCGUGAUGUUUUUGUUACAGUGUUUGUAUAUUAGAAUAUUAUUAGUUAUUAUUAGAAUUAUUCCACAUGAAGAUAGAAAACAAAAAUUGAGAAUUCGGUUUUUUCCCAAAAAUUUUUUAUUUGAGCCAAAGAAACCUCCAAAAUUAAAAGUUACUUUUGACAAUCUAUCCGAGCGCCUUUAUAGAAGUCUUCAAUUUGUUUUUCUUCUUCGUAUUGUUUCAAUAUCUUGUCAAUUUUAUUGUCUAAAGGAACCGAUGCGGAGGCCAUUCACGUGGAAAUUCGUAGAAAAACCCUGGGAAAUGGAGAAAAUUCAGAGAGGUUAAACGUGUGUUUUUGAGAGGAAAGAACACAACACGUUCCAAACUUCCACUACGUUGUUAGUUCUGUGGCUUUGACAAUUCAUGUUCCACAUAUUCAUCGGCAUUUUCGUAUUCUCCAGUCAUUGUUCCGAUAUAUAUUUUGAGAAUUUUUUGUAUGUUUUCGUUUUCGUGUUGUGAAAUUGUCACUUUAAUGUGAACCCAGGCCUCAGUAAUAGGUUCUAGUGGGAUAUAAGGCAACACCAUUAUCAUUUAUUAAGGCGAGUCGAUGUGGUCAAUCCGCGCCUCUGUGAUCGAAAUCGGCUUGAUGAAUUAAUAAAUUACGAAUUAACAAAAUUACGAAAUGUUUUGAAACACUAAAAAAUGCGUCAUGUUUUUAUUGACAUAAAAUUGAAGAGAGAGAAGAGUGUUGGUUUUUCCGCUAGGCGGCGCGGCUAGUACUAAAUACAGUCGGUUGUCGCAGUAACACUGCGAAAUUAUCCCUAACCUAGUUACUUUGAGCAGGUACUCAAAUGACACUUCCCCAAAUGGUACGACACCAUCUUAUUGUAACCCUUCUAUCUGUAUGAAUUUCUUAAUAACCUUAAUAACUUUACUUAAUAGAGUUAAUAGUUCCCGAUAAUUCCUAAAUCGUUAAUCUGCUAUUUUUCUGAAUAUCUCUGUGCAAGAAAACAGAUAAGAAAUUAUAAGAAAAUAUAUUUAUUUAGCAAAGUUGUAAAGCAACCUGACAAUAUAAAUUCAUCCAGUAAAGCACCAUAAGUGACUAUCCAAGUGAAUAAAAAAGGCAUUCAAUAGUAUUAGAUAACCUACAAAUAAAAUAAUAAUAAAAAAUCAUUAACCCACCAUGAUAAAUGAAAAUAUUGUAUACAUAAAUAGUAUUUUUUCAUCAGAAACCAUUUUGAAAAAAAAGAGAAAUGAUGAGAAAAAGAAUUUAAUUGAGGCUAAAGUUUUUUCAUCAAUCCAGAUAUUUUGUGAAUGUAAAGAGAAAAAAAAUAUCAUUUAAAAAUAAAAGAAUUUGUGAUGCUAUUUUUAUGCACACAUGAGUAAAAUGCGAGCUAUAUAAGGAGAAGAAUAUAAAAUAAAAUUAUCAUUGGGGUAGGAAUUUUUCCAUAUUUAUGGAAGGGGUGAGCUUUUUUGCUGAGCACUGAUAAGACGAUGAUAUUUAUGUAUGAAGGUGAUUUGAAAAGAAAAAAAAUGUACAUAAAAUCACAUGAUACCAUUAAAAACAUAUUAAACAUAAUCAAGGGCAAAAAAAUGGGAAUAUUCUCAACUUGGGAGUUUUGGGGGAGGGCAGUGAACUGUUGUGCAAUGCAGGGGGUUGGAUGCUUUUUUACGGGGGCGGAAUGGGGAGGAUUUGUUGGCGCUCUAACAGUUUGUCUUUCACGUUCAUCUAAAAUUUAUUCUUUUUCUUCCUUUUCUCGCUUGAUUUAUUACCACCUACACACAACUACUUUACUACUUUGGUAUUAUAUAGUAAAUAGCAGAAAUCCUUUUUCCAUCCAAACAACUAACAGUCUCUAUAAAUGAAUUUAUGCGCUCUUCCAUGAAGAUUUAUACGUUUUAGUUUUUUUUUUAAUUUUUCAAUUUUUAAUCUCUUUAGGAGAGAUAAUAACUCUGAAUUGA